GGUGACUCGGAGGAGGGGGAAGAUGUAUAUAAAAGAAGAUGCAAAAUAGGACGGUAGGGCUCCUUCACAGCUCAAGAGACGGGAUGAAGCUGAUACAGGAAAAGAAGCUUUUGCUUGCAGCAUUCUUUCUCUUGGCUGCCACUCUCUGUGCCAGUCGCAGGAGCAGCAGCCUGGCCUGCCACCCUGUCAAUGCCACCAUAGCAGCUGAGAAAGAUGACUGCCCUAUCUGCAUGACCAUCACCACCUCCAUCUGCAGUGGCUACUGUGAGACUAGGGAGAUGUUGUGGAAGACCAUCCACUCAUCUUUCAACCAACGGGUCUGCACCUACAAGGAGGUGCGCUAUGAGACCAUGCUCCUGCAGGGAUGCCCAACCGGUGUCAACCCGUCCUUCACGUACCCCGUGGCUAUCAGUUGCCACUGUGACCUUUGCAAGAUGGAUUCCAGUGACUGCACCGUUCAGAGCACUGGGCCCAACUCCUGCAGUAACCAAGCCGUCUUUGCUUAAUAAAAAGUGAUGGUGUGGGACAAAUAAAAGCAGCCAUGAUUGAUCUCUGGAGUGUUUCUAUUGAUUAACAUCAAGAACCCAGGCAUCCUGACUUACAACCCUUUUUACAUACUCUAGCCCAGGUAUGGGCAAACCCAGGUUGGAGGGCCAGAUGUGGCCCCUUGGGCUCUUCUCUUAGGCCCUCCUCUCACCAUCCUAUCCUUCCUUACUUCUGUUUCCUUCCUCCUUCCCUUCCAUCCUUUCGUCCUUCCUUCCCUCUCCCUCUUUCUCAUUCCUCCCUUCCUUUCGUCUUUCCUUCCUUCUCUUUC